CCACUUAGAGAGAGAAAGUAGGGGAUUUCUUUUGCCGUCGCUAGCCUUCUCACCGUCGUUCUCGUCCACCUCCCGGCUCCGUACUAGGUUAGUCUUCCUCGUCCUUGUUCUUCCAUGUCUUCCCAAUCCUCCGUCUUUCGCCAGUCCGAGUCCGAGCGCGUUGCUGAGGGCUCUGUCGCCGGCCCCGCGCAGGAGAGCGACUCCCGCUCGCCCUCCGUCGAGGAGAUAGCCGAGGCGGUCGAGGUCCCUCUUCAGUCCGAGCCUCGUAACCAGAGGCGGACCAUUCUCGAGGACUCGGGGAUCCGAGCGCAAAGGUGCACCCUUACUCGGGAGGAGUACCGCAAGGCGAAGCGCCUAGCCUCGGCGCCGGGCGUCACCGUGCGCCGUCCCACUUCUGAACAGUCAGUCUUUGAUGCUCCUCCGGGUUGCUUCGCCAUCCACCUCAAGUCCCUUGAGUACGGGUUCCGCUUCCCCCUCCAUCAGUUAGUCAUAGAUUUUUUCCUCCAUUUUGAUUUUCUCCCUUGCCAAGUCGUGCCCAAAUCCCACUGCUAUCUAGCGGGAUUUCUCAUUCGUUGCCAAGGGACCGGGGUUCGCCCCGACCUGGCCCGUUUCUUGCUUCUCUUCCGGUUGGCGAAGUCGUCUGGCCGGGCGAACUCCGACUCGGGCUCGUAUGCCUCAAUAUUCCAAAGACAGGAGAAGCUCUUCAAGACGAGGAAGGACUCCGCCAAGAGUUGGAAGGGGAAAUUCGUCUUCGUUUCUCUUUCCUCGGGCUCCCCUUUUCGUAAAGAACCCCUCAGCUCCUUUCGCCGUCGCUCCGUGUGCGUCACCUCGGACAAGAUGCUUGAGGAUGUAGAGACGCUCUGCCGAGGGGGGCCCUUCGAAGUCAGUUCGAUAGUAACGAACGAUGCUUUAGCGGCACUCGGCUUCGUCUUCCUAUCCCCGGAUGAUACUCAGCGGAGCAUCGAAGAAGGCCCCUCAGGUCAGUGCAAUCUCUCCUCCUCGGCCAUCCGUGGGUCGCGACUACACUCUCUCGUGUCUCAUCGCCGAUUGCAACGAAACCCGGAGAGUGGGGGGCUUGUGAUGGAGGAUAGCUCCGAAGGACACGUCAGCCGGACCCCAACAGCCACGUGGAAGCUCCAUGUUCGACCUGUGAGCUCGGCUCGCCCCGUGAGCUCGGCACGCCUCAUGGGCUCGGCUAGAGGCGGGACAGCGACCUACGGGACAGCGACUUCCGUGAUGGCGACCGGCGGAUAGCGAUUGGCCGCGUUGACUGUGCGAUAGCGAUAUGAUGAAAAUGACAACUCAUGACAGAGAUGACGUCUGCUAGGCGACGAGCCUCGAUCAGAGGACUUUGACCAUAUGUAAUGUAUCUCCUAUAAAAGGGGCGAAACCCCUCAUUGUAAUGGACCAAAGUUUAGAAUGAAUAAACUCCUACUUU